AUGAUGUUAAACUCACAGAACUCUUAUGCAAACACAGUGCACACUGAUAGGGUUAAGGCAACAGUUGACUUUCGCUCACUGUUUUUACCUAAGAAACUUACUCAUGUUGAAGAUUCAGAAUAUUCAGACGUCGAAAUUGAAGAUGAUGCUGAUGAAAAUCUCUCACCCGAUCAGCCUGAAAUGCAAGAUGCUGAUAUUAGCAACUCCACAAAACCAUUAAGUGUUGCUCGCUAUGCUGAAAGAAUUUUCGUAACAGAUCAAAAGGAAGAAUCGCAGUUCAUUAUUCCAGAAGGAAGGUUCGAAGAAGUUCAGACUGAAAUUACUCCAAAAAUGAGAGAAAUUUUGGUUAAGUGGUUAAUAAACGUACACCACGAAUUUAAUUUUGCAAGUGAUACAUUGUUCAAUACCAUUGCAUAUUUAGAUCAAGUAUUAUCGAAGAAAAAUAUACAUAAAAAUCGACUUCAACUUGUAGGAGCAGUUUGCUUGUGGAUGGCUGCAAAAGUUGAAGAAAUUAGAAUACCUCCAGUUAAUGAACUCAUUGAAUUAUGUAAUGAACCAUAUACACAGGCUCAAUUUUGCCGCUAUGAAGCAAAAAUUCUCCAACUUUUGAAUUUCAGACUUCAGUACCCAACUACUAAGAGCUUUCUCAGAAGAUACCUAGUGGCAGUUUCAGCAGACAAUCCUCUAAUCGAAGUUGCUGGAUUUAUGUGCGAGGCCUCGUUGCUUGAUCAUAGAAUUCUUCAAUUCCGUCCUUCAGUUGUUGCUUUCGGAAUUAUUGUCUGCUCAAUGACUGCCAUUGGUCGCCCAUGCCCAGUUAAUUUACUCAAGAAAUAUGCUCACUUCGAAAACCUUUCUGAGGUCAAUUCCACAAUUAAUAUUAUCAUCGAAUCAACUAAUAAAGUGUUGUCAAAGAAGAUUGGAGCAUCAUAUCAAAGAUACACAGAUGUUGGAUCAUCUGGGGCAGUUAUAUCUUUGAAUAUUGAUGAUGCCACAAUCAAAAGGAUAUAUGAGUGUUUAUAA